UCACCGGAAAAGAGGAUGGGCGUUUGCCUUCCUAAUAUUAAGCUGGUCAGUCAUGGGUUACAUACUGUACCAAAUGCAUGCUACGUGAUGCCAAUUUGACGUUGCCCUUGAACUCGUAGCUCACCGAGGUUACAAAACAGUCCCACGAAAAUUUAACAGUACUGUACAGUACAGUACCUAACUUAACUACACGCAUUUAGAAAGUUUUUCUAGACAAAUCAUUAUUUGAUUUUGCAGCAAUUGUAAAACUGUCCGAUAAGUUCAUUCAACAUGAUCCAAACCGAAAACAAGAGGCACCCGUUGUGUAGGUAUCUGAUUUGCAAUCCAUAUAUAAUACGAUUUCAAAAAGUAUAGAACUUCUAAGCAAAGCUACAUUUGGAAUCAUUACUGUUCUAAUGCAUAAUACAUAAGCCCGUAAUUCGUACGAACGUCAGUCCCGAAUUAGUCACCUUGUUUUCGAAACAAUUAAAACCGGUGUCUUUCCGCCAAAUGAUGGCUAGUAGUCGGAAGGUACGGUACGGUUCCAUAACAUUGUCUAUGAAAAGUUCGAAAAAAUUUAGUGCUCAAACAGAUUGACCAUGGAUUGUAUGCCGCGGCAAAGCAUCCCGGAGACAUUUGCCGAAGCAGAUGUUUUCAUAACCGGUGGUUCCGGAUUCAUGGGCAAGGUGUUGAUCGAGAAGCUGCUGCGAUCUUGUCCCCAGAUAGGGAAUGUGUUUGUACUGCUGAGGCCACGAAGGGGAAAAUUGGCCAAGGAACGAGUCGCUGAGUUGGUUCAAGUGCCGUUGUUCAACAAGUUACGUGAAGAACGUCCUGAUUCGUUUCAAAAAAUUGUCCCAAUAGAUGGAGAUUGUUCUCAGCUACGUCUUGGACUAGACGAUGAGAGUAUCAGGCGGAUGUCCGGUGUUCAGUUCGUAUUUCACGCAGCUGCCAGUGUACGAUUCGACGAUCCGCUGGACAAGGCUUUACUUUUGAAUACCCGAGGAACACACGAAGUCUUACGAUGGGCUAAGACUUUGAGUAACCUGAAGGCAAUAGUGCACAUUUCUACCACUUACUCUAACCCGGAAGUACCUCAUGUUGAAGAGCGGAUAUAUCCAGCAAAAAUGAAUUGGAGAAAGGCUAUCGAAAUGGUAGAGAAGAUAGAUCCUGAGGUACUGAACACUCUAUCAGACAAAUUAUCAGGUUUUGCACCCAACACAUAUACUUUCACGAAAGGUCUUGCGGAACAGAUCUGCUACGAUUACCGCCACGAAUUACCGUUGGUAAUAUUCCGACCUUCGAUUGUGAUCAACACCGAAAACGAACCGAUGCCUGGUUGGAUCGAAAACUAUAAUGGACCGGCCGGAAUCCUUUCAGCGCACGCUGCUGGAAUAGUGCGAACUUUUUUCGUCAGCAUAGAUUGUAAUAUGAAUUGCAUCCCAGUAGAUGUCAGUAUAAAAGCCAUAAUCGUAGCUGCAUGGAAGAAGUCGUUUAGUUCUAGGGACGACUUACCCAUCUACAAUAGCGCUGCUGAACCCGACAAGGCCUUGAGCAAUCAAUUCCUGUAUGAAGAAUCUGACUACUUUUCUCAUAGAAUACCGAUGAUGAAGAUGAUGUGGGCUCCAAAAGGACAUAUCACAACGAACAGGACAUUGUUCUUUGUGCUGUUCUUUCUGUACCAGGUCAUUCCGGCUUUUUGCAUCGAUACAGUGCUAAGGUUUUGUAAAAUAAAACCUUUCCUCCUAAAACUGCAGCGUUCGAUUUUCCACGCCCAAAACUCGCUGAUGUACUUCACCACGCAUGACUGGGUGUUCGAUACCGACAACUUCCGCAGCCUAUCCAAGGGCCUUGGCGAGACGGACAAAAUCCAUUUCAACAUAGCCUACAUCACGCAGGGUCUGCUGGAGUACUGUAGUCUGUGCCUGUUGGGCUGCCGACGGUACCUGUUCAAGGAAAGUGACGACUCCAUUAUGAUUGCUUUCAAAAGGCUCAAACUAUUCGAACUGGCCGAUUGGAUGCUGAAAUUGAGCAUGUUCAUGGGAGUUGCCUACGGCUUGCGAAGUUAUUUGCCAGAGGAAUGGAUCAGGCAAGAAUAAACAAUAAGCUGUAAGUUUCUUCAAUACAUUUUUGAUAGUUCCUUAUGAAAUGUAUAUGUUACCUGAAUAAAUUGGAUGAAUGAAUAAUCUUUU